UUCCUGAAGAUGGCUGAUGCCUGUGUCAUUUGCAGUUCAAAAAUUGGGUGAUUUCCUCAUACAACAAGUUUCCCUGCGUAAAAAUCUGAGAAAGGAAAUUGAGUGGCUGAGAAAUGAGCUACUCUUCAUACAGUCUUUCCUCAAAGAUGCAGAACUAAAGCAAUGUGUAGAUCAUAGAGUUCAACAAUGGGUGUUUGAAAUCAAUUCUAUUGCUAAUGAAGCUGUUGCUAUACUCGAGACUUACAGCUUUGAGGCUGGUAAAGGUGUUAGUUGUCUCAAGGCUUGCGCUUGCAUAUACAGGAAGGAGAAGAAAUUCUACAAUGUCGCCGAAGAGAUUCAAUCACUCAAGCAGCGAAUCAUAGAUAUCUCUCGCAAACGAGAGACUUAUGGUAUUACAAAUAUCAAUAGUAAUGCUGGAGAAGGGCCAAGUAAUCAGGUCAGAACAUUGAGGAGAACUACCUCAUAUGUGGAUGACCAGGAUUACAUUUUUGUUGGACUUCAGGAUGUUGUACAAACAUUGCUAUCUGAACUUCUCAAAGCAGAGCCUCGUAGAAGCGUCGUCUCCAUUCAUGGCAUGGGCGGAUUAGGCAAGACCACUCUUGCAAGAAACCUCUACAACAGUCCUAAUAUAGUCUCAAGCUUCCCUACACGCGUUUGGAUAUGUGUUUCUCAAGAGUACAACACAAUGGAUCUUCUCAAGACUAUCAUAAAAUCCAUCCAAGGUCGCACCAAAGGAACUCUAGGAUUGUUAGAAACUAUGACAGAAGGAGAUCUAGAAGUUCACCUUCGUGAUCUAUUGAAAGAACGCAAAUACCUUGUGGUGGUUGAUGAUGUAUGGCAGAGAGAAGCAUGGGAAAGUUUGAAAAGAGCAUUCCCGGAUAGCAAGAAUGGCAGCAGAGUUAUUAUUACCACGCGCAAAGAGGAUGUCGCUGAAAGAGCAGACAACAGAGGUUUUGUCCAUAAACUUCGUUUCCUAAGCCAAGAAGAAAGUUGGGAUCUCUUUUGUAGGAAACUACUUGAUGUUCGAGCAAUGGUUCCAGCAAUGGAAAGCCUAGCUAAGGAUAUGGUGGAAAAGUGUAGAGGCUUACCUCUUGCAAUUGUUGUAUUGAGUGGACUACUUUCGCAUAGAGGGGGGCUAGACAAAUGGCAAGAAGUGAAAGAUCAACUUUGGAAGAACAUUAUUGAAGAUAAAUUUAUUGAAAUCUCCUGCAUUCUAUCAUUAAGCUACAAUGAUUUGUCAACUGUGCUCAAGCAGUGUUUUCUGUACUUUGGUAUUUUACUCCGUGAUCUUGCCAUACAAAAGGCAUCCGACACAAACCUCUUUGACAUUUAUCAUCCAAGAAAGCACUCCAAAUCCUCUUCAUGUAUCAGACUUGCCAUUCAUGGUCAAGGAGAAAGGUAUCACUUACUUGAUCUUUCUAAUUUGAAGUUGAGGUCAAUUAUGUUCUUCAAUCUAGAUUUUCCUAAUGUGUUCCAACAUAUAGAUGUGUUUCGACAUAUAUAUGUGUUGUACUUGCAUAUUAAAGGCUGUGGUGCUAUACCUGAUGAUAUAGGGAGUUUGUACCACCUAAAGUUGUUAAGAUUGAGAGGUAUCCGUGAUCUUCCAUCUUCCAUUGGCAACCUCAAGAAUCUACAGACACUUGCUGUCACUGACUUUGGAUAUACUUGCCAACUACCCUGCGAAACAGCUGGCCUGAUAAAUUUAAGACAUUUAGUUGUUCGGUAUUCAAAACCUCUGGCACAUAUAAGCAAACUCACUAGUCUUCAAGUUCUUGAAAGAGUUUGUUGUGAUCAAUGGAAAGAUGUUGAUCCUGUUGAUUUAGUCAAUCUUAGAGAAUUAGAGAUGGCUAAUAUAUAUAAAUCUUACUCCCUAAACAACAUUAGCAGCUUCAAAAACCUUAGCACUCUCAAAUUGAUUUGUCGAGAAACUGAAUCAUUCCCAUCCCUUGAAUUUGUUAAUUGUUGUGAAAAGCUCCAGAAAUUGAAGUUAUAUGGGAGAAUAGAGAAACUACCUCUGUUUCCAAAUUCCAUCACAAUGAUGCUUCUUCAGAACUCAAAACUGACAGAAGAUCCGAUGCCUAUUUUGGGAAUGUUGCCUAACCUAAGGAAUCUCGAAUUAGAUGGAGCUUAUGAAGGAAAAGAAAUAAUGUGUAGUGAUAACAGUUUUAGUCAACUUGAGUUCCUUAAUCUUACUCGUCUUUGGCAUCUAGAAAGAUGGAGUUUAGGCACAGGUGCAAUGGCUCUCAUUAAAGCUCUUCAUAUCGAUGAUUGUUCAAGAGGACUGAAGGAGAUUCCAGAGAGAAUGAAAGACGUGAAGCGUAUUUGA